UACAAAUGGACGCUUUGGCUGUUCCAACAGACAGGGGGAAAGGCUGGUACCUUUCCCUAAUGGCACCAAACACCAAAGGACCAACUUUUGCCUGGUUGGACUCAUCAAGACUCUACUGUAAUACCCAGGCCCUGUCAGAUUGUGUGAAGGACCUUCUCUAUCCAUUUCAGAAGGAGGCCAUUGACCUGGUAGUGUGUAUAGAUGCAAUGGGAUUCAUCCUCGGAUCGGCUGUGGCCACCACCCUUGGAAAGGGCUUUCUGGCUAUCUGCAAAGCAGGACACCUGCGCAUACAAACCCAGAGCCAAGAGUACAGUGACUACUCAGACAGAGAGAAGAUGGUGGAGGUUCGCCUGGAUGUGUUAAGGCCAGGUGAUUGGUCUGUCUCUGUGCUUCAGGUGCUGAUAGUGGACCAGUGGAUAGAGACCGGAGGAACCAUGAAGGCUGCUAUCAAACUGGUGGAGCGACAGGGAGCGACUGUUGUAGGUGUUGCUGCUGUGGCCAUUGAGAACAGCGAGGGAGUGACCAGUCCCAUGAUCGCCACGGUAAGCACGGGGAGUUGGCUCAGGUCUCCAACCUGACUCUGCCACACUUCCCGUGUGCCCCCUGGCUGCCUCUCGGGCUUCCUUGCCAGCCGUGUUCCCUCGUAUCGCCAGUUCCCUUUUCCUGUUGCCUCCGCUCUCCUGGCUGAUCCCAUGGGAGGCGAUCCCUUCCAGCCUGGAUCUCCUCCCAUGUGUAUGAUCCCUUGCCGUCUAGAAUAGUCCUCCCAUGUCCAGUCUUCUUUUCCAACGCUGCUUGGUCCUUGGGUGGUGGGUAGUUCUGUAACGGCCGUUGGUGGAAGAAGGUGAGGACCAAGGUGCAGCGUGGUACGUCUUCAUCUUUUAUUAGUUGAACUGAACACUGAAUUGCAAAACAACUAAGAGAACAACCGAAACAGUUCUGUCUGGUGCAAACACAAAAACAGAAAGCAACUACCCACAAAAACCCAGUGGGAAAAAGCUACCUAACUAUGGUUCCCAAUCAGAGACAACGAUAGACAGCUGCCUCUGAUUGAGAACCACACUCGGCCAAACACAUAGAAAAAGAACAUAGAAUUCCCACCCCAACUCACGCCCUGACCAAACCAAAAUAGAGACAUAAAAAGGAUCUCUAAGGUCAGGGCGUGAUAGUUUCCAUGAUGUGCCAUGUGUUGCUGCCUAGCUAUGUUGUUGUCUUAGGUCUCUCUAUAUGUGGUGUUGUGUUGUGUGUUUUGUCCUAUAUAUACUGUAUACCUAUUUUUUUCAUAUAUUUUUUUAAUCCCAGCCCCUGUAAUAAGAAUUUGUUCUUUUUAUUUUACCUUUAUUUAACUAAGCAAGUCAGUUCAGAACAAAUUCUUAUUUUCAAUGACAGCCUAGGAACAGUGGAUUAAAUGCCUGUUCAGGGGCAGAACGACAGAUUUGUACCUUGUCAGCUCGGGGAUUUGAACUGGCAACCUUCCGGUUACUAGUCCACCACUCUAACCACUAGGUUACCCUGCCGUUCUUUACUGACUAGCCUAGUUAAAUAAAGGUUAUACAACAACAAUCCUAAUGUUGUAUUUCUUAGUCAUUUAGAAACAACAACAAAAAUACCUUUGAAAAUGUGGAGUAGGUUGUGUAGAUUGACAGGAAAAAAUAUUUAAUUGAAUAAAUGUUUUGUAUUUGUAUUUUAAGGAAGCAAAAUGUGAAGAUUGUGCAAAGGGUGUGUAGACUUUCACUAGCGACCUUAUGUAUUAUUGUUUCAUAUUAAGAGGCCCUGGCUAAUAUGACAAACAGUUACAAAACAUAAUUGAAUAACAGAUUAGUGACUCAUCC